AUGUUGGACAUUCCAUCUCUGGAGUUUGUUGUGAGGCGAGACAUGUUGGAAAGCGGCAGCUUCAUCCAAGUUGUAACCCAUACAAUCCAGCUAGUCCUACCGGAGAAACAUACCUUUUACGGCAACUUCAAGAUGUAUGCAAUUGCCGAAGCAGAGGACAGUACCCCCCGCGGCGCUAUAUGCGUCUGCGACCUUCAGGCCCUGGUGAGCGAUAUGAAUCGCAAGAAAGAGGCGCUUAUCCAUACCGAUGACAUGUUCGACCCAUACAUCCCUCUGCCCGUGGUCCCGGUCGGCGAGUAUGUGGUAGCGUUUGUCGAGGCGGAGGCUUUCAAAGACUUUGUGCUUCGCCUUCGAAGCAACGUAACCAAUGAGACUGACUUGGACCGCUGUGCAAGCUGUGGGGAGGUCGUUGUCAAAGGCUAG